AUGGCUAAUCCAAAAGGUUUAGCUUAUUUUUCACUAAUUACUAUCCUACUUUUCCUAGGUAAUCUUUUUCAAAAUAUCCAUGCUACUAUUAACAACAAUACUACCACCCACAUUCACAGAGGUUUUAGCCUUAGGCUAAUUCAUCGAGACUCUCCUGAGUCACCUUUGUAUAGAGCAAACCUUACAGACGCGACAAGAAGGAAGGAGCACAUUCGAUUGUCCAACCGUAGACUCGAGUCACUUGCAAGACUAGGUAAUAAUAAAAGCAGUGACAAAACUAUAAACCCUAAUGAUGAUGUAGUACGACUACCAAUGAGAAUAGAUGAUUAUAUUCACUAUGUUCAAUUGGGAAUUGGCACAUUUGAUGAUUCUUCAAAAUUUCAAUAUAUUUAUUUAGGAAUUGAUACUGCAAGUGGCUUAAUUUGGACUCAAUGUGAAAAUUGUGUAAAUUGCUUUCAUCAAAUAAUUCCCUAUUAUCCUGCAAGUCAAUCUCAAAGUUAUAGUCAACUCCCUUGCUCCGAGUGUCCUCCUACCGGAGAAUGUGUGGACAAUACUUGUAGGUUGUCGCGGCGGUAUGGAGAUGGUAGCGUCGUUGUCGCCAUUGCGGCUCGUGAAACAUUUUACCUCGAGUCUGACCCUGAUCUUCUAGCCCUGGACGAAGCUAUUUUUGGUUGCGGUAUCGACAUGCAAGGCUUUAGUGAAGGUGAUGAUGAAAACAAUAAGGUUAGUGGAAUAUUUGGAAUGAGUUUAGGCGACUUGGGCUUCAUAAAACAAGCAGAGAGUCUAGUUAAGGGAAAAUUCUCAUAUUGCUUACAAAAGUUUCAAAAAGGCACUGUGCCACCAAUGUACCUUCGAUUUGGAGACGAUGUUAGACCACCCGUAUCAACGCUUAGUACCGUCCCAAUGUUACAAAAUCCAAAACAACCUUCUUACUACUACUUAGACCUCCGCGGCAUUAGGGUAGGUAACAAGGACCUUGUACUUCCUAGUGGCGUGUUUGAUAUUAAGGAAGACGGAAAUGGAGGAUGCAUCAUCGACACAGGCACACCUUAUAGUCGUCUAACCACGGAGGCCUACCGUGUCUUCAAAGAUGAGGUAGCAGCACAUAUCGAAUCUAGUAACACAAAUGUGGUAAGAUUUGAUGAUCCUAGAAUUCAUAACGCAGGUGGUUUUGGCUUACAUUGCUUGACUAUUGGUGAAAGUACACAAGAUGCUGGUAGUUUAAGCAUAUUAGGAUCUGACCACCAAGUAGAUCAUCGUAUAAUAUAUGAUAUUCCAAAUAAGCAACUACAAUUUGGAAACGAGGAUUGCUCCCAAGGUCGUUGA